UAAUUAAAAGUAAAGAAAUUAAAAAGGAAGAAAGCUUCUCCCCUGUGUUUUCUUCUGUUGCUUCGUCAAUUUGAAGCCAGAGAAGAGACGCCACUGCCUUCCUCCAUAGCUGCCAUGCCUUGUGUCGCCGGAGUAGUCAUUGCCGACCUAGGGUCGAAACCCUAGGCCGGCACGUCUCUAUUCACAAUCUCUGCUUCAAUCUCCGUCUAUUUCUUUCCGUAUAUCCGCCCCCCUUUUGAUGCAAGUCCUCUUCUCCUUUUAUAGUUGCUCAAUUUUAAGUCUCCAAGUCUUCAAUUAGGAGUAGGAUUUGAGGAAUUAGAGAUGGCGUAAUUGCUGAAGGCGCCUCAGUUUCUAGGGUUUGAUCUAUUGUUAUGGCCGGAAUGAAACUGACUAUGGAAGAAUCCGAGGUCACCCUGGUCAGACAGGCAGCAGCGUCGGAGUUGAUGUCCGAUGACGACCGCUCCGUGGCUGCGGACUCCUGGUCUAUUAAGAGUGAGUACGGGAGUACUCUUGAUGAAGAGCAGCGUCAUGCUGAUGCCGCCGAAGCUCUUUCCGCGGCGAGUUACAGAGUCACCUCUGAUUACAGUUCUGACAAAGAAGAUCAGGACGGAGACGGAGUAUCUUCGAUUCUUGGUUUCCAAUCUCAUUGGGAUGCCACAUAUGCUGAUGAAUUGUCAAAUUUUCGAGAACAUGGUCAUGCUGGGGAAAUUUGGUUUGGAUCUGAUGUAAUGGAAACUGUUUGUUCCUGGACCAAAAACUUGUGCAUUGAUUUUGCCCUAGGUCACUCUCCAAAUCACGUAGGAAAUACUAGCUCAGAUCAGGUUGGUCUUCAUGAAAAAGAUUUGUCAAAAUGGAGUGUGCUUGAUAUUGGGACUGGAAAUGGCUUGCUUCUUCAAGAGCUUGCCAGACAGGGGUUCUAUGAUCUCACUGGAAUUGAUUAUAGUGAAGGAGCCAUUGAUCUUGCACGAAAUCUUGCCGAUCGGGAUGGUUUUCCUGAUAUUAGGUUCUUGGUUGAUGACAUUCUUGAAACAAAGUUACAAAGGAAGUUUCUGCUUGUUAUGGAUAAAGGCACCUUAGAUGCAAUUGGAUUGCAUCCCGACGGUCCUAUCAAAAGGAUUAUGUAUUGGGACUCUGUCUCAAAACUUGUAGCUCCUGGUGGGUUAUUAGUAAUUACAUCAUGUAACAAUACAAAAGAUGAAUUGGUAGAAGAGGUGUCUACAUUAAACCAAAGAAGAAAUUCUAGCAGCCAAGAAUUGGAGAUGAGUCAAGAGCUGGAGCCCCCAAGGGAUCUCCCUCCGUUCCGUUAUCUUGACCAUGUUCGAUCAUAUCCAACAUUCAUGUUUGGAGGAUCCGUAGGAUCUCGUGUUGCCACCGUUGCUUUCGUGAAGAACUGAAUCAAUAAACUUUCACCCGUUUGAGUGAAGGUCGCCUCCUGGUCAUGUUCGUUUUUAUAUAUUACUAUUCAGCAUUUUAUUGUUCAAAAGCUGCUGGAUCUAAUUUUGUUCAUGCUGUUAUUUUUGAUUGUUUCAGUACUUGGAGUUUCAGUAUGUUCAAACCUUUAGUCUUUUAUUUAAUCUCAGCAUCUUGUUCUAGAUAUUGAAUUUGUAAUCAUGAACACCUUUCCCCUUGACUAUGUUGAUUGUGGGUGAAAUGGUGAAUAGGUUUUAUAAAUGUUCUUCCUGUGG